UCUUGCCUCCUCCCUCCUCGCUUCGCCACCCCAUUCCUCCCCUCACCCGUGCGUCCGUCCUCUCCAGCCGCUCCAGCUCCAAUGGCGACCACCAUCUCCUCUCUAGCGGCCCCACCCGCCCUCCACCGCCGAUGCUGCCGGAGCCCCGCAUCUGCCUCGACCCCCGCCCGCGUGUCAUUCCGCGCCGUGCUGCCGGCCGGCGCGGCGGCGCGGGCGAGGCGCCGGGCGGCGGUGAAGGUGCUCGCCUCCUCCGCGGUGAUGGAGGCGCCCGAGGAGCUGGCCACGCGGAAGCUCUACGUGGGGAACAUCCCCAGGACCGUCACCAACGACGAGCUGUCGGCCAUGUUCGCCGCACACGGCACCGUCGUGCGGGCCGAGGUCAUGUAUGACAAGUAUAGUGGUCGGAGCCGGCGAUUCGGGUUUGUCACGAUGAGCACGGCGGAGGAGGUCGCUGCCGCCAUUGAGAGCCUGAAUGACACCGAGGUUGGAGGUAGAAAAAUUAAAGUAAAUGUGACAGAGAGCUUCUUACCAAACAUUGAUACAUCUGCACCGGAAUCGGAACCUUCAUUUGUGGACAGCCAGUACAAGGUUUACGUUGGGAACCUCGCAAAGAAAGUGACAACGGAAGUGCUCAAGAACUUCUUCUCUGAAAAAGGGGAGGUCCUCAGUGCCACGGUAUCCCGAAUUCCAGGAACUCCAAAGUCCAAGGGAUAUGGUUUUGUCACGUUUUCUUCAGAGGAAGAAGUGGAAGCUGCGGUUUCUACUUUCAACAAUACAGAAUUGGAAGGACAAACCAUCCGUGUGAAUAGAGCAUAGGCAUAGCAGAAAUUUCACAUUGGAGUCAAGGAGAGAAUAUCUUGGAGAACACCUGUAGACGAGGGGAAGUUUGAGACUAGAUUUUAUAACAAAGUUUUAAAGGCCUUUGAUGUAAUUUCACUCUGGCUCUAAGCAAUUUUUUGUAUAAUAACAACACAUGGAAGAAUUUUGAUUGUCAAGCCCGUUGUUUAUAUGAAGCAGUUGUUGUUUACCACCA